AAAGGGUAACUUCCAAUUUAAUUUUUCCUUUUUCCCUCUUCCCCCCCCCAAAAAAAACCUUUCCCUUUAAAAUUCCCGCCCCAUACUGUGGAAAUUCAUUAAUUUAUUUCAGGCAAUUUUCAUCUCCAUUGGCUGGGCUGGGGAUGACGCGCGAGACAACAAAAGGUGGAGUUGGAAAUUAAAUAAAAAUGUAGCAAAGAAAGCUCGGGCUCAAUGUUCUAUGUGUAAGCGCCGCACUUCACUGCAACUAACUAUUUAACACUAGCAAUUAGUCCGGGGAACAAACAACACUCUCUGCUGUCGCUCUUGGUGCAAGAGAAGUGGCUUUUUUCGAUUCAGUUUAACCACAAUUCUCACCCCCGCUAACUCAAAGUAACAGCAAACUUCACCUCCACCCUUCUUAAAAAAAACUUCGCGUCUUGUUGGAGAAGAUAUUCUGCUGCCUUGAAAGACAGGGGUGGGGGGGACAUGAGGGAGGAGAAGAUGGUGUUUCUCUUCCUCCGCUGGACAUCUAUAUGGUUUCGCCAAAACACCCACUCUCCGUGGGACACCUCUUCUGCUUCGAGAGACGGGCUGAAUGUAAGGCGGCUUACAACAGCAGAGCAAGUCGGUGGAGAGCAGGGGGAUGGGGGAAGGAGCUGAUCCGGAAAAAGGCGAUUGGAGAGGUCGGAAGUAUCGCGAAGCAUGCCGGCUCUCAACGGGGACUAGAAAGCGUCCACGCCCGGGGCCAGUGCCGCGGAUCUGGCGAGAGUUCAGAGACAGCUUCCCUUGUGUUUUUUUCCGCAAGACGGAGCGGUAGUUGAGUUGAACCUGUGAAGAGUGUGGAGCAGCAUGAACGGGGAGACAACCAUGUCUGCCACUGUCGAGCUGAGUGAUGCAAAAGAAGAUUGGCCAAAAGAGGACAUCCUUGGCCUAUUGGAUAGCAUGAGGAGCAUUGUCCCUUCUAACGAUGUGAUGAAAUUCAAAACAACAGAGUCUCACAUGGAUUGGAAUAAGGUGACUUUUGCCCAUUACACAGCAGAGAUGUGCAAACAGAAGUGGACAGAAAUCUCACAUGAAGUGAGAAAGUUCCGUACUUUAUCAGAACUCAUUAUAGAUGCGCAAGAACAUGUGAAGAAUCCUUAUAAAGGGAAAAAACUCAAGAAACAUCCUGAUUUUCCCAAGAAGCCCCUCACGCCUUAUUUUCGAUUCUUUAUGGAGAAAAGGGCAAAAUAUGCAAAGCUUCAUCCUGAAAUGAGCAACUUGGAUCUGACUAAAAUUCUCUCCAAGAAAUAUAAGGAGCUGCCAGAAAAGAAGAAGAUGAAAUAUAUUCAGGAGUUUCAGAAGGAAAAAGAAGACUUUGAACGUAAUAUGGUCAGAUUCAGAGAGGACCAUCCUGAACUGUUAGAGAAUGUGAAGAGAACAGAUGUUCCAGAGAAACCUAAAACACCCCAGCAACUCUGGUACCUUCAUGAGAAGAAGGCUUUCAUGAAGCUGCAUCCACAGGCAACUAUGAAGGAUGUUAAAGAGGCACUGGGGAAGCAGUGGUCCCAGCUAUCUGACAAGAAACGACUCAAAUGGAUUGGCAAAAGUUUGGAGCAGCGUGAGCUCUAUGAGGAAGCAAUGAGAGAUUAUGUUAUACGUCACCCAGAACAAAGCAUCAAUCUGGAUGACUUGACCAAAAAUACUCUGACUAAAGCUGAGCGACAGCUCAAGGACAGGUUUGAUGGUCGACCCACAAAGCCACCACCGAAUGGCUAUUCUCUCUAUUGUGCUGAGCUAAUGUCCAACAUGAAAGAUAUUCCCAGCACUGAGCGUAUGGUACUGUGCAGCAAGCAGUGGAAGAUGUUGUCUCAGAAAGAGAAGGAUGCAUAUCAGAAACGAUGUGAACAAAAAAAGAAGGAGUACGAAAUUAAUCUUCAUCGGUUUUUACUGAGCCUCCCUGAGCAUGAGCAACAAAGAGUCCUUUCUGAAGAAAAGAUGAUUGGAAUAAACAAAAGAGCUUCGAGCACCUUGAAACAAGGGGGAGUUAAAGGCAUCCCAUCGCCACCUUCAGAUGCCUCAAAGACUACUUCUGACAAACCAAAGCGUCCGAUCUCUGCCAUGUUCAUUUUCUCGGAAGAGAAGCGCAAGAAGUUGCAGGAGGAGGAGCCAGAGCUGUCGGAGAGUGAACUGACAAGAAAAUUGGCCAGGAUGUGGACUGAGCUGUCUGAGAAGAAAAAGGAGAAGUAUCGGCGCAUGGAAGCAGCGGCAAAGGCCGAAUCGGAACAGAAAAAACAGAGCUAUGGAAAAGAUGGAAAAGGCUCUGCUAUGCGAGGGAAGCUGCCUGAGCCACCCAAGACUGCAGAAGAGAUCUGGCAGCAGAAUGUGAUUGGAGAUUAUUUGGCCAAGUACAGGAAUGACCGCACUAAAGCUGUCAGAACGAUGGAGGCUACUUGGAGUGCAAUGGAGAAAAAGGAGAAGUUAAUGUGGAUUAAAAAAGCAGCUGAGGAUCAAAAGCGAUAUGAGAAAGAAUUAAGUGAAAUCCGAACACCAGCAGCCAACACAAACAAGAAAAUGAAAUUUGAAGGGGAACCAAAAAAGCCACCCAUGAAUGGUUACCAGAAAUUUUCCCAGGAACUCCUCACAGGCGGUGAGUUGAACCAUCUGAAUCUGAAGGACCGGAUGGUAGAGAUUGGUAAAAGAUGGCGGAAAGUCACUCAGGCUCAGAAGGACCGUUAUAAGAAAAUGGCAGAAGAACAGCAAAGCCAAUACAAAAUCAAUCUAGAAGCCUGGCUUAAGAGCUUAUCGCCCCAGGAGAGAGCCAUGUACAAGGAAUACACUACAAAUAAACGCAAAAGUUCUGCAAAAGCAGCUAGUCCAAAUCCCAAAAUGAAAAUUGCAUUACAAGCACAGAGCGCAAGUGAAACUGAGGAUUCUGAUGAAGAGGAUGAUGAAGAAGAUGACGACGAUGAUGAUGACGAUGAUGAUGAAGAAAAGGCCAAUUCUUCAGAUUCUGAUGACUCCUCAGGUUCAGACAGUGAUGAAGAAAGUGAGGAAGAGGAUGAUGCAGAUGAGAAUGCAGAUGAUGAUGAUGACGAUGACGAGGGUGAAGAUGAUGAAGAAAAUCAGUCUGACAGCAGCAGCAGUUCUUCAUCAGAAGAGUCCUCUGACUCAGACUCUGACUGAAGUGCUCUGCUUUGAUCUUCCAGGCAGUACUAAAACUAUCAGCAUAAAGAGCCCUCAUGCCCGCUACCAGGACUGUUUGAGACAAUUGGCAGAAGCAGACGUUCUAAAAUCUGAUGUGAUCCAGCCAUCAUUGUCCAGUCAGUUCCACGGACAAAUUAACUGGGCUUUCCUGAGUUGUUUUCAACUCAUUGAAAACCACUAGUGAUGCAAGUAAGAAUGGACCAAAUGGAGAAUUUGUAAACAGUUUUGUUUCUACUAGAAAAUUCCUGUUACAAUCAUUCUGAAAUGACUCUCCAUCCAUGUACUGCUGAGUGAUAUUCAGGGCUCAACUUUUUAAAAACUGACAUACUGAUUCUCUGGUAUGGUUUGGAGUACAUCUUACGUAAUCAGAAAUAUAGGCACACAAGAUCAAGGCAUUUGUGUGUUUGAGUGUGAAUUCACUUACUGCAUUCAAAGUUGGUGUUGGGUUUAUCAGGUCAUUCAUACUUGCAUUGCAAUGCUUUGAAUUUUUAAUUGUUUUAAACAAAAAUAUGGUCACUAAAGUUGGAUCCUGCCUCGUUUACCUGCUACCAGUUCUGGUCCACUGUUGAGUUUGUUUUGCAUUUCAGCAGAACCGAAAUAUCGGGGUGGUUAGAUAGCAAGUAUCGAAGCCAUGAAUUCUUUAGUAUUUCCAUAAGCGGGGUAUCCUGAUCUUUUACUUUGGGAAGGGCAGGGCAUGCUUUUCAAGGGCAAGGGUUGGGCUCCUCAGUGGGAAUGACCAGGAUCAGAUCUUGUGUAUAAGCACAGGCUGAUCUGAUUCAGUGAAGGGUAUUUUGUGAUGUUGCAGUUUGUAAAUAUGACAUGUUUUUUGAAGGAGAUUUCAGAUUCCCUAUUUUGUGAAUUACAUCUCUCCUUCGUAAUAUGAACAAAGUCAUUCAGUGGUCUGCACCAAAGCAAGUGCUCGUUUGUUUUAACAGCAGAGGAUAGAACUAAGCUCCUGUCGCCCAGUGCCCUUCAAAAUUGCAAAGGAAUCUGUUGUCCUUACAAGCCACUUUGUUCUGGUUACUUAAAACUUUGUUUUUCUGCAUGUGUAGUCUUUCCUUAAUGUGUUUCCUUAUGGAGGAUGUGACUGCAUUACUGCAGAGAAGCCCAAGUAUUUUGUAUCAUUUUAGUCUGUCAAUCUGAUUUUGAAGAGUCAUAAUAUUGGUGCGAGUUGAUCUUGAUGUUCUAGAUGCAGUUUAAAGCUUGCAGCGUAAACUGCAAAUAGCAUUUUUGUAUUUUUCAAAUUCUGUUUUGUCACUUCUGAAUGGAAUGUACAUUAGCUCUCUGGUCAUCAAACCAAAUGCAAAGCAUAUUGUGAGAAGUUUUAAUGAACAGUUUCAUCCUCCUUUGAAUUGUAGAGUUGAAAGAUUGUACUGCCGGAGUCCUUUUUCACAAGAGACUGCACAGAGCUGCUGGGGUCGGGUCCUGUAUAUAACUCCCUUGAGUUUGGAACACUACAGUACUGACAUCUCUUUUACAGACAAGCUCAGCACUUUCUUUUGCAUAACUCAUAAUGAGACUAUGUUGUGUUUGUCAUUUCUUUGCACACCAGAAUUAAGGAGUAAUUACAAAUUCAGGGAUUGAAAAAGAAUCUCUCUCUUCCUAGCAUGGGAAGUGAUGUGAAUAAGUUUCUAAGUCCCAGCUCAUUAAGAAAGAGGCACAAUCAGAAUCUGAAGUCUCAACAGCUAAACCGUGCCCUCCAUUAUUUUCUCAUCAUUGUUAACCUGUGAGAGAUUAGCAUGAGAGCAGAGGGAAAGGAGGGGAGAACCCAAAGUAACUGAGCCUUUUACUGACUGCAGCUUUGCUUAAACUCCGGAUCAUGAUUUGAAUACCUUGUCAGCUUGUGCCCAUUUCAGAGUGGGGUGGAUGUCUUUUAAAGGGUACUGAAAGAGGCACUUUGUUGUACUUGUGUUGGGUUUGAAUGAGGAUGUAUGGUAUCUGUAUAUAAUGUCGUUUGUAUUUUGCAGCUUUACUUUUCCAUUUUAUUUUCUGAUUCUUACAGUAAGGUCAGGAGCACUGGGCGUGUGUACUGUAAGAGGUGAAAUGAGUGCAUUUUUGCACUCAAUGUGAAAUUGUGCUAGUAACCCAUACGUACCAUGUUACUUUUAGCUUCUGUGAUCUUCUGGGAAUUUUUCUAAUAUUUAAAGAUUGUUUUGUAGAGAGAAUGCCUCACUGAUUUGUAUUUGCUGAUUCUUGUAAUUUGAUGUUGGAACAUCUGAAACAUUUUAUAGGGAAAGCGUUCCUUUUGUUCAAGUGGUUAUAAGCAACCAUUAAAAAUAUGAAAACA